AUGUCACGUAAAUCAAUUCAAAAGAAUGCAUUAAGUAAUUCGGUACCAUCAAUAAAAGAAACCAAUUAUGAUAUUCAUGAAUUAAUUUAUUUUAAAUGUCCUGGAAAAUUAUUUCUACAACGUACAUUAAAACCAAAUGAAGAAUUUAAUAAAGAAUAUAUGAAGAAAUUAAUUAAUAAAAAACGAACUAUUCAAUCUCAAGAACGUAUGAUUUAUUUAACAGAAAAUGGUUUAAGAAUAAAAGCUUAUAAAAAACCAACUAAUUCAUAUAAACGUUUAUAUUUAAGUAUUAUUAGUAAAAAUCAACAAAUACGUGCUUAUGAAUGUACAAAAAUUAAAGAUGAUGAUGAUUUUAAAACAUUGUGUAGAUUACUUGUUCAAGCAUGUGAAAAUAGUGAAAGAAAAUUAAUUGAAUUAAAUCCAAUUGGUACAUUAUCUAUGUCAUCAUUAUAUGAUAAUAAAAGAUUUAGUCAUGGAUCACUUGGUUCAAUUGUAUGGACACAAUCUGGUGAAAUUGAUAAUGAAUUACAAAGUCAAUUAGAAAAUCGUUUAUAUCAAAAUGAAUUAAUGGAAAAUGAAAAUGAUGUACGUAAAGCGGUGUCACAAUAUUCACAAAAUGAUUCAGUAACUAGUAUUAUUUCAUCAAUUUUAAAAAAUGAAAAAGGAUCUAAUGAAAAUAUGAAUGAUAAAAUUGAAUCAAGUGAUACAGAAGGUAGUGAUCCAGUGAAACACUAUAAUGGAAUAAACGGUGAUUUUAAUGACGUAACCUAUCAAGAUGAUUAUGAUGAUGAUGAUGAUAUUAAUAAUAAUAAUCGUUAUGCUUCAGCGAUUUACAAAGCGGACGCUUACGUCGAACCUAUACUUACGCCAAUAUUUCAUGCAGACGAUGAAUCAGCAAAGUUAUAUUACAGAACAGGUUAUGAGGGUGAUCCAUAUGAGGAAAAUUAUGAAGUGACAGAUUUGUAUCCACCAUCUAAAUGGCCAGCUGGGGUUACCUUUAUUUGUCCAGACUCUAAAUCUGGUGCAACUAUAGCACAUCUUGGACCUGUUUAUUUAUAUUCUGAAAGAUUUGUCGAUGUUGACAAUGACUGUAUUGAGAAUCAGACAUCAAUCUGA